UAGCGACCUCAUCAAUCUGCAAUCAUGGGUAUCUCUCGUGACAGCCGUCACAAGCGCUCCGCCUCCGGCGCAAAGCGCGCAUACUAUCGCAAGAAGAGAGCUUUCGAGAAGGGCCGCCAGCCUGCCAACACCCGUAUCGGCGCAAAGCGCAUCCAUCUCGUUCGCACCCGAGGUGGUAACCGCAAAUUCCGUGCCCUUCGUCUCGAAACCGGCAAUUUCUCAUGGGGCUCUGAGGGCGUUGCCCGCAAGGUCCGUGUGAUUGGUGUCGUCUUCCACCCCUCGAACAACGAACUCGUCCGUACAAACACCCUUACCAAAUCUGCCGUUGUUCAGGUCGACGCUGCCCCGUUCAGACAAUGGUAUGAGGCACAUUACGGACACAGCCUCGGACGCAGGAGAGCGCAGAAGGGUGCCGAGCUCAUCGAGGACAAGAAGAGAAGCAAGUCUGUGGAGACCAAACAAGAAGAACGCUACAAGUUGCAGGGCAAGGUUGAGAACGCUCUUGAGCGUCAAUUCGAGGCUGGUCGCCUAUAUGCCGUCGUUGCAUCCCGUCCUGGCCAGAGUGGACGUGUCGAUGGUUACAUUCUUGAAGGAGAGGAACUGGCUUUCUACCAGCGUGCUAUCAGGAAGUAGAGUAAUUACUCUAGGUGAAAUCAUGGUCGGAGUGAUGGUACGACAGGCUAGUCGACUUCGGUUUACGAAAUGGCUUCAUUAUGUCCAUUGGGUCAAGGAAUUUAAAAAGCGCCCACGCGUCAUAUAAUGAUGACAAGCUGUACAUUCUACAUUUCUGUCGUUUGCACCGGUGAAUAUUUCUUCGUGCACACAUUUGCUCUACAAGCUGUCGAUGAGGAGAGCCUGCGCAAGCGUCGCUACUUAACAUUCCCUGUAUCUCAGUGAGGUAAGCCUGGCAAUGUGCAUGAAAGUGGCAGAUCAUGCAUAUCCCUGUACCUUUUGGCAGGCAGACGAAAUAUGAACUGCGACACCGACGAAGAAUUCGUGGACAUU